AUUUUUUUUUCCAAACUAAAUCUUUCUUUAGUCUCCUUUCUUGCAGAUCUAUUUUUUCUUAGGUGGACGUACAGUUCUCAACCAGGCUACAAUCAAUGGGAUGGGGAAACAUCUAUAAGAGGCGUGUGAAAGUUUUUACUGUAGCUCUUAUCAUUUACUUUGAUUACAAGGCUUUACAGCAGAGAGAAAAAUGGGCGAACAAGUCAAAGAAAGCUUCUCUAUGGGAGAAAGCUCAUGAACGCAAUGCUAAGCGUGUGCUUAAUUUAAUAGUGGAGCUUGAAGGUUUGUGGGUGAAACUUGGACAGUACCUAUCUACACGUGCUGAUGUACUGCCAGAGGCUUACACAUGCCUUUUGAAGCAAUUACAGGACUCUCUUCCCCCCCGCUCUUUAAAAGAGGUAUGCCAAACCAUAGAGAAAGAGUUUGGGAAGACCAUGGAUGAUCUAUUCUUGGAUUUUGUCAAAGUACCUCUGGCAACUGCCUCAAUAGCGCAAGUUCAUCGUGCAACUUUGAGUGAUGGACAGGAUGUUGUCGUCAAAGUUCAGCAUGAUGGAAUAAAAGCAGUUAUUCUGGAGGACCUGAAAAAUGCCAAGUCAAUAGUUGAUUGGAUAGCAUGGGCGGAACCGCAAUAUAAUUUCCACCCCAUGAUAGAUGAAUGGUGCAAAGAAGCACCUAAAGAACUAGACUUCAAUCAUGAGGCUGAAAACACUCGAAAGGUCUCUAGGAAUCUCCGUUGUAACAAAAGAUGUGAUGAUAGCAAGCCUGCUAAUCAUGUGGACGUACUAAUUCCUGAAGUCAUUCAAUCCACUGAAAAGGUGCUCAUACUGGAGUAUAUGGACGGUGUUCAUUUGAAUGACGCUGAAUCACUUCGAGCUUUGGGAAUAGACAAGCAAAAACUUGUGGAAGAAAUUACACGUGCAUAUGCACACCAAAUUUAUGUUGAUGGAUUCUUUAAUGGAGACCCUCAUCCAGGAAAUUUUCUGGUGAGCAAGGAACCCCCUCAUCGCCCAAUUUUGCUUGAUUUUGGGCUCACAAAGUUGCUGUCAAGCUCCUUGAAACAAGCUCUCGCAAAAAUGUUUCUGGCAGCUGCUGAGGGGGACCAUGUUGCACUUUUGUCUGCAUUUGCAGAAAUGGGACUCAAGUUUCGCCUUGACGUACCGGAACAAGCUAUGGAGGUUACUUCUGUGUUCUUCCGUUCUUCCACGCCUGCCAAUGAAGCUCUUGAAAGUAUGAAAAUGUUAUCUGAGCAAAGGUCAAAGAACCUAAAGGUUAUACAAGAAAAAAUGAAACUGAAUGAGAAGGAAGUGAAACGCUUUAAUCCUGUGGAUGCCUUUCCUAGUGAUAUCGUUAUAUUUGGGAGGGUUCUUAAUCUUCUUAGAGGGCUUUCUGCAACAAUGAAUGUCCGCAUAGUCUAUAUCGAUAUCAUGAGACCUUUUGCUGAAUCUGUUCUCCAAUGCAACUUAAAUAGAGGGCCAGCUUUGAAUCCACGAUGGAUUUAUGACACCCCAGUUCAUUCCGAUGUUGAAGCCAAGCUAAGGCAGCUUUUGGUCGAGCUUGGGAAUGCUGAGAAAAUACUCGGAAUUCAGGUAUGUGCCUACAAAGAUGGAGAAGUGAUCAUUGAUACUGCUGCUGGGGUACUUGGAAAAUAUGAUCCUCGUCCAGUCCAACCCGAUAGCUUAUUUUCUGUUUUUUCAGUAACAAAGGGAAUCAGUGCGGGACUAGUACACUGGCUGGUUGAUAAUGGAAAGCUGAAGCUUGAUGACAAUAUUGCAAAUAUUUGGCCCGAAUUUGGAUCAAAUGGAAAAGACCAAAUAAAGGUUCAUCAUGUUCUUAACCAUACCUCUGGUUUACAUAAUGCCAUGGGUGGUAUUAGCCAAGAAGACCCUUUUUUGAUGACUGAUUGGAAUGAAUGUUUAAAACGGAUUGCCAUGACUGCUGCAGAAACUGCACCGGGUCAUGAGCAGCUGUACCAUUAUUUGUCUUUUGGCUGGUUAUGUGGUGGCAUUAUUGAGCGAGCAUCAGGAAGAAGAUUUCAAGAACUCCUAGAAGAAGUGUUUGUUCGACCUUUAAAGAUUGACGGAGAGCUCUAUGUUGGAAUUCCUCCAGGCAUGAUUAGUGUCUACUUUUUAGCAUUUCCUAAUUUCUCCUGCUGCUCUUGCUCCCGCUAUUAUGCUGCACUUGCUGAGGGUGGGAAAGUUCCUCCACCGCAUUAUGCUUCCAUGCCAACCUUAGGAAGCCACCCACAUAUUCCAAAGUUCCCUUCUCAACAGACUGUUAAAAAGCAAAAAUCUAGAAAGAAAACUGCUGCUUCAGAUGCUGAUGGUCCUGGACCGACUCAAAAUAGCAAUUCAUCUAUUGAGAAUGGCUGUGGACAUGAUGGCAAAGGUAAUGUUUACCUCCGGAUUCCUGACAACAAUAGCUACAAUGGCGGUGAUACGUCAAGUGAUAACCGGAAUAUCAAACUCUUCCACAACCAAAGAGUUCAUGAUGCUUUCAUGGGAGUUGGAGAAUAUGAAAACCUUACCUAUCCUAAUGGGCAGUUUGGGCUUGGGCUUAAAAGGAGUUACUCAACAAAUGGGGAACUUGUUGGCUUCGGGCAUUCCGGUAUGGGCGGAUCUACUGGUUUUUGUAACAUCAAGCAUAAGUUUGCAAUUGCAGUAACUCUGAAUAAGUUGUCAUUUGGAUCUGUGACUGCGAAAAUAAUACACUUGAUAUGUUCGGAGCUUAACAUCCCAGUGCCACAGGAAAUUUCCAGACUUGUUGAGACUGGAUCUAGCGAUCAGUUGGAAAUAGGUAAACCACUGAUAAACUGACCAAUUUUCACUCAAUUUUUGUCAUUGCAAGUGUAUCUAUCAGUAUGAGAUCGUCCAGACAAAAGAAUACAAUUGUACUUGACAAUACAAGUUUAAAUUAUGGAAAUAUAUUCUUUGCCGUCA